AUGGGGCGCCUGGAGCUGGUGGUCUUGGGCUUCACCUGCUGCUUGGCCGUGGCAAGCUCAGCAAAGUUGGGCGCAGUGUACACGGAAGGUGGCUUCGUGGAAGGCGUCAACAAGAAGCUUGGCCUCUUUGGUGACUAUGUCGACAUCUUCAAGGGCAUCCCCUUUGCUGCUCCCCCCAAGGCCCUGGAGAAACCCCAGCAACACCCUGGCUGGCAAGGCACCCUGGAGGCCAAGGACUUUAAGAAGCGGUGCCUGCAGGCCACCAUCACCCAGGAUAACACCUACGGGGAUGAAGACUGCCUCUACCUCAACAUCUGGGUCCCCCAGGGCAAGAAGGAAGUCUCCCAGGACCUGCCUGUCAUGAUCUGGAUCUACGGAGGUGCCUUCCUCAUGGGGUCUGGCCAAGGAGCCAACUUUCUCAACAACUACCUGUACGAUGGGGAAGAGAUCGCCACGCGCGGCAACGUCAUCGUGGUCAGCUUCAACUACCGCGUCGGCCCCCUCGGCUUCCUCAGCACCGGGGACUCCAACUUGCCAGGUAACUAUGGCCUUCUGGAUCAGCACAUGGCCAUUGCCUGGGUGAAGAGAAACAUUGCGGCCUUUGGGGGAGACCCCAACAACAUCACCGUCUUUGGGGAAUCAGCUGGAGGUGCCAGUGCCUCUCUGCAGACCCUCUCUCCCUACAACAAGGGCCUCAUCCGGCGAGCCAUUAGCCAGAGUGGUGUGGCGCUGAGCCCCUGGGCCAUCCAAAAGAACCCACUCUCCUGGGCCAAAAUGAUCGCCAAGGAAGUGGGCUGCCCCACGGAUGACACUUCCAAAAUGGCCAAGUGUCUGAAGGUUACUGACCCCCGUGCUCUGACAAUGGCCUACAAGUUGCCUCUGUCUGGCUUGGACUACCCCGUCUUGCACUAUCUGGGCUUCCUCCCUGUCGUCGAUGGAGACUUCAUCCCCGAUAACCCCAUCAACCUGUACGCCAAUGCUGCCGAUAUCGACUACCUAGCAGGCACCAAUGACAUGGAUGGCCACCUGUUUUCCACCAUCAAUAUGCCCGCAGUUGACAAGACCUACAAGACUGUCACAGAUGAGGACUUCUACAAGCUGGUCAGCAGGUUCACCAUUGCCAAGGGGCAGAGAGGCGCCAAUGCCACCUUCGACAUCUACACCGAGCCCUGGGCCAGUGACUCGUCCCAGGAGGCCAAGAAGAAAACUGUGGUGGACUUGGAGACUGACAUCCUCUUCCUGAUGCCCACCAAGGUUGCCCUGGCCCAGCACAGAACCAAUGCCAAGAGUGCCAAGACCUACAGCUACCUGUUCUCUCACCCCUCUCGGAUGCCCAUCUACCCGAGCUGGAUGGGGGCCGACCACGCAGACGACCUCCAGUACGUCCUUGGGAAGCCCUUCAUCACCCCCCUGGGCUACCGGCCUCAAGACAGGACUGUCUCCGAGACCAUGAUCGCCUACUGGACCAACUUUGCCAGAAGUGGGGACCCCAACAUGGGCCACUUGGCCAUCCCCACACACUGGUAUCCGUACACCGUGGAAGAUGACAACUACCUGGAGAUCACCAAGAAGAUGGAAAGCAGCUCCAUGAAGCAGCACCUGAGGUCCAACUACCUGCAGUACUGGACCGUGACCUACCAGGCACUGCCCAUGGUGACUGAUGGGGAGGCUGUCCCUGUGUCCCCAACAGAUGACUCCGAGGCUUCCCCUGUGCCCCCCACGAGUGACUCUGAGGCUGCCCCUGUGCCCCCCAUGGGUGACUCCGAGGAGGCUCAGAUGCCCAUAGUCAUUGGCUUCUAA